AGCCGCCGAGGACGCAGGGCCUUCCGUGGGUCCCCUGUCGCUGUCCCUGCCUGAGUCUCCCACGAUUUUCCACAAUGGUGUCCGUCACGAUGGCUACGUCGGAGUGGAUUCAGUUCUUCAAAGAAGCUGGGAUUCCCCCAGGGCCAGCUGUCAACUAUGCUGUCAUGUUUGUGGAUAACAGGAUCCAGAAGAACAUGCUGAUGGACCUGAACAAGGAGAUCAUGAACGAGCUGGGCGUCACCAUUGUGGGAGACAUCAUCGCCAUCCUCAAACACGCCAAAGUGGUGUAUAGGCAGGAAAUGUGCAAGGCCGCAACAGAGUCAGUGGCCUCCAGCCAAACCACCCUGCAGUCUGAACUCCGCAGGAACGCCAACAGCGCUGCCACCCGGAUGAUUGCCAACAGCCUGAGCCGAGACUCUCCGCCUUCCACCCCUGUCCGGAGACCCGACACCAGCGCCUCCAAAAUCUCCAUCACCGUGUCCAACAAAAUGGCAGCGAAGAAUGCCAAAGCAGCUCUCUGCAGUUCCGGGGCUGAGAAUUCUAUGGUCCCGGUGAAAAGACGUCGCGUCACCGCAGAGAUGGAAGGGAAGUAUAUUGUCCAUAUGCCAAAAGGAACCACCCCCAGGACCAAGAAGAUCCUGGAGCAGCAGGCGGCAAAAGGUUUACAGAGAACCUCUGUGUUUGACCGGCUUGGUGCAGAAACCAAUGCAGAUGCCACCCCUGGAAGUAAGCCCACAGGUGUGUUCAGCCGCUUGGGGGACAUGCAGGAGGCAGAGGAGGAGGAGGAGGAGGAGGAGAAAGCAGCUGAGAGCGAUGACGACGAUGACAGCUCUGUCCUGCAGUACGCCGGGGUGCUAAAGAAAUUCUUCAAGCCCUCCAAGGCCAAGGAGAGCUGCAAAGCGGGAGUGACGGUCAAAGCCAAAGCCACCAGCUCUGAGCCCAAGCUGGCGGCAGCAGCAGCAGCAGCAGCAGCAGCAGCUGCCCCCACCCCCAUCCAGCGGCUGGGGAGCAAGAGUCCAGCUGGCCCUGUGCUUCCCAUCAAAGAAAAGAAGCUGGAGCCGCCCCCGCUCAGCCACAUUGCCAAGAGACUGGGCAAGCGUGCCCUGCCCACGGAAGCCCAGGACAGCAGCAUCACCAGCUCCCGGAGCAAGCCUGACUCCGAGUUCCGGGUCACCAUAAAGAGAACUUUGGGGAGCAGCAAGGUAAGCAGCACCACGGAGGCCCCCAGCGCCCAGAUGGACAACACGGGGACGGUCAGCGUCUUUAAGCGGCUGGGCAGAAAGGCCGUGUGAGCCAGGCCCGCUGCUCCUUCACAGGCACGCGUGGGACCUCCUUUGGAAGAGGCCUCCAGACAACUUGAACUCCCUGUGUGUUUUUCAUGGCCCCCUGCUCACCCCCUUGCGAGACGAAGGGGUCGCUGCACUGUUUCUGGGGUGAUCGGUCUUAGUGAGGAGGCCUGCUUCUGUGAAGCGCCUUGUUGGCUUUCCCCGCUGUUUCUACAGGUCCGCGGGGUGUGAGCUCAGCCCCCCCUGUGUGCACACAGUUGGGUUUCUUGUGUGGCUGGGUGAUCCACGUCAAAGCAGUAACCGUCCGUGCCAGUGGCUGGGCACCAAACAGAGUAGGUCCCGGGUCGGGGGUGAGAGGAAGCGAGGAAAGGACCUUGGAGAGAAAGCAAGAGGUCCUGGGCGUCUUAGGAGGUCUUUGGAGCAGCUUGGCAGUGCACUGAACACACCUUUCUGUUUUCUCUCUGCAGGUCCUUGCUCUUUCCUAGGAAGUAGUGUCUUGAGGGGCUCCGUAAAAGAGAGGCAGACAGGCCCUGGGCUUGAGAGAUGCAGGAGGUUCCUCCCCCCUGCUUCCUUCCUUCCUUCCUUCCUUCCUUCCUUCCUUCCUUCCUUCCGUUCUCUUUCCUGAGUUUUCAUCUGCCACGUCCUGGUACAACCAGGCACUUCAGGAAUGGCUACAGAAAUUCCUCUUACUGGAUAGUGGAGCCAUACAGUUGGCAAGCAGGGUCCCAGCGCCACAUUUUGUCCCAUGCUGGAAGUAGGAGAAUUCUGGCUCCCUCUCUUUUGGUUCCUUUCCUUGGGCUGGCUGAGAAAUCUCCUCUUACCUGGCUUUGGCUGUUACGUGUUGUGAAAGGUGCUCUGUUCAUUGGGGGCCGCCGUGGCUUCUCCUGUGGGAACCCCUCACUGGGCUGGCUCCAUUGCUCCUGCUCAGGCUCUUGAAGCCUGGUGCUCAGUCAGGGUGGGAAGAGGCAGGUGUCCUCGCUCCCCACCCCUUCUCCUCCUCAGACCGCUUUCAGUCCUCCCCUCAGCAAACCAGCAACAGAAUUAGAUCAGAGAGUGAGCAGCUGCGGUCUUGCAAUGAAAGAGCAGAGGUGCACAUUUUCUGUUUCUGGAUUUCUAGCAGCACCUGUGGAACAAGGGUAGUUGGGAGUUUGCUCUUCGGUUGGAGGAUUCUCUCCUGCCACUCACGAAAUACGUGUUAAAUAGGACAGACCCUGUCUAAAUAUCCCAAGUGCUUAAUGCCAGGUGUGUGUGAGUGUGAGAGAACAGCAGAGGAUCUGAUUUUGCAAUCUCUUUUCUCUCCUGGUGCCUCAGCCUGGGCGCUUGCAUAGUUGGGGACAGAGUCGUGUGAGUCGGCAGCCUGCUGGGACCACAUGCCUUGCACCCCUCAGCCCCCGACCUGCUUCUGUGAGUCUGGUCCCCCCCUUUUUCCUGAGGCCCCCUACCCACGACCACAGGAUACCAACGAAAAUCUAUUUUGCAGGGAACUGUGAGAUGGGGGGAAUGAGCUCCCCGCCCGUCCGUUUGCCACGUGUUCCGGUUGGGGUGAUUUCUGGAGCCCCAGUUCCAAGCCACUGCUGUGUUUUGUACAACGUUGCCCACAUGGAUAAGCCUGCAUGCUCAUGUUAGGGCAAGGAAAAUUGGCCUGCUGAGAGAGGGGCGGUGGGAGAGGAGGAUGCUCAGCUCCUGGCUCACUUCUGUUCUCCCUUCAGGUAAACAUGCAGCCAGGACAGGACAGGACAGGGCGCACGUAAGCAACCGGGGCAAGAGAAAGGGGGCUUUUGGAAUCAGGAAGGAGUUUUGUUAGCUGUCACUCGAACCUUGGCCUGAAGUUGAGAGGGUCAGGUACGCGACUCGGGUGUCCCGGAGGCUCUUGCAAUAGGCACCUGGGCUGUCUGCUUUUCCUGUAGAAAUGUCAGUUCUUGAAUCCAGUUGUUUCCAUGUUUUGUCCGGAUUGUUGCCUCAUUUCCAGAAGACCAGUGAAGCCUCCUUAGCGUGUGUUCCUUGCCUCCUCUGGGCACUCGGGGAGGACGUGCAGUCUCGCCUUGGUUGCCCAUCUUCUGGCUGCCACCGGUGCUUAGGUGCUGGCUUUGCCUUUGCAGCCACCCACCUGUCAACGCAUGUGUGGAGGAGGAGACGGAGGACACCUGCCCAUUAGGGGAAACGGAGAUGGAGCCUUUCUUGUAGAGGUGGUGAUUGAGAUGUGGGCCAGGCCUGUAGCCCGUGUCACCCCUCCCUGACCAGCAAGGUACAGGGGAGGCCCUCGGAAGUGUGUGGCCCCGCUUUCCCGCUUAGUCCUGCUCUCGCUCGACUGGCACUCUCUACCCGAGCAGGCACUGUUGGCCUUGGGGAGCCCCCCUAGAAUCUGGCCCCGAGCAUCACACCAGAGCCUUCAUGCCCCAAAUUGGGCAUUUGCUACCAUGGAGAGAAUUCUGCCAUAGACAGUUGAAGGGGUGUGUGUGUUUCUUUUCCCUUUAAGAAUAAGGCAGGAGCCAGGUUAGACUCGUAAUAUUUUUAAAGAAUUGUAUGGACUAAAUUUAGGGUGAGCUGGAAGAGUUACACAAUAACUGUUAAUAGUUUUUAUGUUUGUUUUAAAAGCCCCUCAUAGAAAAUGUAAAUUAAGGUAAUUUGGGCACAGCCUUGCCUUUAUUAGUUGGCUGUAUGAAGGCGGGUGGGUGGGUGGGGCUCCUUGAUGCGGUCCUCUUAGCUUGCCAGGGCCCCUCCUGCCCACGGGAAGAUGUGAGCGUCCUCUUGCAAUAAAGUGUGUCUUCUCUCGGCUUGUGUUUCAGCCCAAGCAUCUCUCUUGUGUUCCUCACAACGGGGGCAGCGGUGUCCUUCUUGCCCUCAUCCACCCAGGGCCCAGGAAGGGGCAGCCUGCUCCGUAUGUCAGAUGAAAGCGCAGGCCCACUUGCUCACUGCUGAAGAAAUCCCAACCUCUGCCACUGCAGAUUUGCAUUCUAUGCAUUUACACCCACACAAAAUAAGGUUGUAAAUUGGCAGGAGAGUCGAUUAGGCAGCGUUUUCAAAUAUUCGUGGGCAACUGGGAGUCCCCAUGGGAGGAGGCACGUUGGCUGUUCUGGCACAGGCGAACACAAAGCAUAGGCUGCAGAGGGACCCCUUCAAAUACACCCCUCUCCUUUUUCUGGUUUCAUUGUUUGUAGGACGUCCAGCCCACCUCAUUCCUGGGCUCAGCACCACACAUACAAAACACCUUCCGGCUUAAAGCGUUAAGUUGGGGUGAGUGGAAGCUGAGCCUUGGGCUCCCUUGAGGAAGCAGCUGAUGACUGAAGCUGGUUAGUGACUGGAUAGGAAAAGCCAGAAACCCCCUUUCAAUGCUGCCUUGAGCUCGUUGGAAUGAAAAUAUAAUAAAAC